CCUCCACUUCCUCCCCCACCCUCCUCCCCACUCCCUCCCCCACUCCCUCCUCCCCACCCUCCCCACCCCCCUCCCCACCCUCCUCCCACUCCCCUCUUCCCCACUUCCCUCCUUCCUUUACUUCCUCCUCCCACUCCUCCUCCCACUCCUCCUCCCCACUCCCUCCUCCCCACCCCUCCUCCCAUCCCUACCUCCCCACUCCCUCCUCCCACUCCUCCUCCCCAUCCUCCUCCCACCCCUCCUCUCCCCACUCCCUCCUCCUUACUUCCUCCUCCACUCCCUCCCCCACUCCCUCCUCCCCACUCCCUCCUCCCCCCUCCCCCUCUCCCUCCCUCCUCCCCCCCCCCCCCCCCACUCCCUCCUCCCCCCCCUCCUCCCCCCCCCCCCCCCCCCCCCCCCUCCCUCCUCCACUCCUCCUCCCACUCCCUCCUCCCCACUCCCUCCUCCCCCCCCCCCCCCCCCCCCCCCCCCCCCCCCCCCCCUCCCCCUCCCUCCCCCCACUCCUCCCCCCCCUCCCCCCCCCCCCCCCCCCCCCCCCCCCCCCCCCCCCCCCCCCCCCCCCCCCCCCCCCCCCCCCCCCCCCCCCCCCCUCCCCCUCCUCCUCCACUCCCUCCUCCCCCUCCCCCUCCCCCCCCCCCCCCCCCCCCCCCCCCCCCCCCCCCCCCCCCACUCCCUCCUCCCCCACUCCCUCCUCCCCACUCCUCCUCCCACUCCCUCCUCCCCACCCCUCCUCCCCACCCUCCUCCCACCACUCCUCCCACUCCCUCCCCACCCCCCCCCCCCCCCCCCCCCCCCCCCCCCCCUCCCCCCCCCCCUCCCCCCCCCCCCCCCCCCCCUCCCCCCCCCCCCCCCCCCCCCCCCCCCCCCCCCCCCCCACUCCCUCCUCCCCACUCCUCCCCCCCCCCUCCCCCCCCCCUCCCCACUCCUCCUCCCCCCCGGGCUGAGCCUGUGGAAGGCUCGGGCAUUCUGACCCUAGCAGGUCUCCUGACAGAGGACUUUGCCCUGUGGUUAGAGCAACAAGAAGAUGCCGUCCGUGAGGGAGAUGGGAAGCCACCACCAGACACCGACUCUGCUGGCAUCUUGACGCCGGACUCCCCAGCUUUAGACGCAGUGAGUGGAGGAGACCAAGGAGAAAAGGAGAAGCCAGGGCAGCAACAGUCCGUUCGGGAAGCCUGGCACAGGAAAAGGAGCUUCCUGCCACCACCGCUUUCGGAGGACACUUCCUGUGUUCGGGGCACCACCGUUCUGAGUGAGCCAUCCCGUCAGGACUUCCAGUCCCUGCCUGAGAACCAGACCCUGGGGCGGAACCCAGACAGCCCAGGCUUUUCUAGAAAGCAGUGGAAGGAAGAAGGUAUGGUGUCUACACUGAACAGCAACAGUGGCCGCAGCUCUUGGGAUCAGGCUGCUGGGUCUGCCAGGCCACCUUCCUUCUGCUGCCGACCCCGAGCUUAUCAGAGCAGCCGUGACCAGAGCAUCUGUCUACUGAUGCUGGCAGCUUCAGUGUCCCCACAGUGUCCCCACAGUGUCCCCACAGUGUCCCCACAGUGUCCCCGCAGGCCAAGCCCAGGAAGGCAGGGCUGGGGCGGCAUCUCAAUGAGGCUGCCGACAGACUCCAGGCCUCCAGCCAGCUGCCUGAAAGACCUUCGCCACCUCCCUGCUCCCAAAGCAGCUGAGGCCGAGCAACUUGAGAGGCCGAAAGACAGAAAUCUGGAGCCUGCGUUCAAUGCAGGAAUAUCCUUGUGUUCUGCUAGGGGCCAGAAGCAGCUGACCGUAUCCAGCCCGGAGGGGGCUGGCCGUCUUGUGUCUCCCCGCUCCGGUCCCGGCUGCUCACCCCAGCACACCUUGAGCUCUGGAGUCCUCAGUCCUGCCCGCUCUCUAGAGUCAUCUGGGCCUUAA